AUGUUCUCUCCUUCGGCAUUGGGUGGCUCGAUCUGUCUCAGAUGCCAAGUUCGCGCCGUCGCCCGUCGAGCACCUCCACUGCUUGCCGCAGCGCAAGUCCGCGGUAGACGACGACAAUAUGCCUCCAGCGCCACGGCUUCUCGACCCGGCGACUUCACGCCUGUAGCCGAAAUAAAGGAGCAUGGUCGCGAGACGGAACAGAGGCUUGGAGGACUGAGCCAGCCUCAACUCGACGAGACCUCCCCUUCCGUUGUCGCUGAGCAGACUUUGCCCGAUUCACCACGGGAUGCUCCUAAGCAUGCUCUCGAUCUCCCUGAUGGGAGCGUGGCCAAUAACCAUGUUCUUCAUGAUAUCAAGGGAAACAUAGAGCGGGAUCAGGAACCACGAGCCGAUGUCGACCUCCUAGAAAGUGCGGCCACGAGCGAGCCCGACUACAGAGCAGAAGACAGGAAAGACGAAUGGAAAACAAAUCAAGAGGAGGGCUUGUCAGUUGGCCAGCACCAGAAGCAAGAUCUCUCCAAGGAAGCUGGAGCACCGGCAAAUCGUACAUGCCCUCAUUGUCGAAAGGUCUUCCUCAACAAGGCAAGCCUCGAUGACCACACCAACCAGGGCUGUGCGUCGCUCAAGCCACCAAGAGACCUUAAAUGUUCAAAAUGCCAGGAGGUCUUCGAGAAGAGGAGGCUACUAAAUCGCCACGUAGCGAAACGCUCAUGUUCCGCAAAAGCUGAACCCGAGAAGUUGGCGGGAAAUGAGGACGAUCAGAAGUUAGAAAACAUCCUUUCGCAGGCUGCCGCAGACUUCUCCAGACGUAAAGCCUCUGGUACAUUGGACCCCACAUUUGACGACGAUUGGAGCCUUCCUCAGCGCCAGGAAGCACAUCACCAAGCCGCUACAGCUAAUCACGAGCCCGACAAAUCCGCUAGAGAGUAUCGUACAGAGGAGAUGGAAGUCAACAUCCAUACCGACCCCGAGAUGAACAAUGAGAAGAAUGACACGGUGGGCACGGAACCUGCCAUUCGAGAGGAUAGUGCCCGAGUCCGGGACCAGGGAGAUACGAAGCGAGCAGAGAAAGACUCGGACGCAUUCCAGAUCCGGAAAAUCGGUCAAGCCAUGGGCAUCACCAGAGGUCGAAAGAAAGAACAUAGAAGGGGGGACAUGGUGCUAGUAGAAGAUGCCUCGAAACUUGGUGUUCUUUCUUUUGGUAAAGCAGCUGAAGUCAUUGUUCUGAGGGAUGGUCGCCAAUGGGCAAGAAGGGCCGCUCCAGUCGAAGCCAGUUCAGAGGAAAACACGGAUAGUGGCUUGAAGAUCGAAGAGUUCCUGGACGAACAGGAUGUUCUCAGUCUGGACGACGUCGUGAAAAACAUCCAUGGAUUGAAACCGGAGCGUCAGAUUAUGUCUGCGCGGGAGUUCAAGUCUCUGUUCAGCACCCUGAUGGAUGGUUUCACGAUUCUUCAGCUCGAGAAAUAUGUGGUGUGGCACCGUGAACAGUCAAUUUUGGAGAGGAUCAAGGAUGAGGUCUUUGACGAGAACGAGACGCCCAGCGAAGAACCAACUAUACCAGAGGACGUACUCCCCAAGCGUCGGGAGUAUGGCUGGUUGACCGAGCAGGCACAUUGGACUCCUUACGUGGACGGUGCCGUGGAAGAGGCACAGUAUCCCUUGGCAGGAUACAUAAUGAAAAAGAUGCCGCCGAAGCAGAGACUAGUCGUCCAGCUCAUGCGGGAAUGUUGGGAUAUAUCGAUGCAGGAGCUUCUGGACGGUAAUGGCCGCGUUGAUAUCCGAGUGCGCGAUCUGGAGUUUAAACUCCUCACUCUCGGCUCACAAAAGCCGCUGCAGCGGAUAUCGUGGCGUUUCCUGAAGGAGGGGCAGCAGAUCGAAGUUCGACGUUCCAGCAACCUCAUUCGCAUAACAGCUCCCAAACCCGUUGCUGAGACCUGUGUGCAUGCGCUUGGUGAGACGCUGCAGAAGAUCAAGACGAAGACUUUCAAACUGGACCAGGUUCCCAUGCAACGCCUAGAUGCUGGAAUUCUCGAAGAGCUUGGGAGAAUCACAAACUCAGUCGUCCAAUUCGGCCCGGAUAGAGAAGCGAUUCAUGUUACGUGGCUCGAUUUCUGGGACAAAGAGUCACAAUUGACGCUCGAGAAUAUAGCAGACAUGACUUAUCGCCUACUUUUGACCGCCCGUACAUCUUCCAGAAUAUCGAACAACCUCACGGUCUACCCCGAUGUUGAGGGCAAUGGCAGGCUUCUCGAGGACCACAGCAACAAGGAGAAGUUGUCAUGGACGGACCGGCGUAAAGAAUGGGCCCGGCUUUGUCUGCCGCUCACAUCAAAGCAACCUCGCACAGCUAAGUCGUGGCCGUUGACGACUGACGCCCUCCAAUUCAAGCUUGAGCCUACAGAAGAAGAUCUUGCUUUGCCAACCUCGACAUAUCAGAGCAAAUUGGACAACUUCUACCAAACUGUGAGCCCAAUAGGACUUCCUCGACUGGAAGAGGAACAGCCCAAAGAACAGACCUCAGCGCAAGAGCCAGAAGCUACCGAUGCCACUCCCUCUGGAUGGCGACCAUUCAAAACCACGACCAACGCAGCAUUCGGGCAUGUUUUACACCUUAAUGAACCCAAGCUGACUGAAAACAUCGCUCGCCCCAACAUCUCAACCAAUCUUGCCAGUUGGCCGAGGACGUUUGUCCCCUUCAUUCCCCCGGUGGCUGAACUGGACCUGCCCGGAUGGACACCUUACGACGGGGCCAAGGACAGAGCAUCCACCAUCCUCAUGCGCUUCGUCCCGUCCCCGACGACGCCGGCAAUUCACUCCCUCCGCGCCAUAAACAGGACCAGCAUCUCCGACAUCCUCCUCCCCGCCGAGCACGUCGACGUCCGCACGACGCAGCACGAGUACGCCGAGCUCCCCUCGGCCACCAUCGACUCCACGGAGGGCAUGGAGCCGCUGCGCGAGUUCCUCAACAACUCACGACUCGAGAUUUCCCAGGGCAAGCUCGUGACGCCCCCGCGGCUGCACAAUCUCGGGCUGCCGAGGUGGCUCCUAGCGCCACCACUGCCCAGCUUCGCCGCGGCGAACACGACCGCGAGGGCGGGGAAAAAGAAGGCGGCGGCGGCGAAAGCGCGGCCGCCCCAGCACCUCCCGCACACGCCCGAGGGCAACGAGAUUCGGAGGGCGUCGUACGUGUUCGCGGGGCUUGAGUGGCACCACGCCGUGGAGACGACGUACGACGGGUGGAAACUCGUGUACACGAGCAUCGAGGCGGGCGCGGGCGGCGGGCGGCGCGCCGAGCUGAGCCUCGAGGCCGUGCCGGGCUACGACGUCGACCUGCGCAGGAGCAAGGAGGCCAUAAACGCCACCUUUUUCCUGCGGUCCAUCUAUCAGCUUGCCACGGGCCAGGCGGGACACCUCGUGCAGAGGGCCGGCGGCGAGGAGCAGGUCAGGACGACCGUCUCGUGGGUGCGCUAG